UACCAACCACACACGGUCUACGAGGUGGCCGUCUCCUCCAACGUUCUGUUCGACGGCUUCAUGAUCACGGGGAUCCACGCGCUGACCAAGGACAUCUCACAGACUGCCUAUCUGCAUGUCCCGCGUCGCUGCACGGCGGCGCCAGCGAGGGCCUCGUCUGCGCCGUCGUCCACUCGCACAUCUCUCGGAAGCCCCGCCACACCCUCGCGUUCCUGUGGAUGGCACCCCCGCCCGGCACCGGAUGCGUGGCCUUCCUCGCGCAAGGGUCCAUAGGCGAGCAGGUGCUUUUCAAGGACCUCAAUGUCUUGGAAAUAUGUGAAAAAGACGCCUCCGCUCAGCUGAGAGCGCCCCGCCCGGGCUUGUCCGGAUUCGCGCUCCCUGGCUUCGUCUUCCGCGAUGACUUCGAGGACGGCCAGCUCAACGAACAGAUUUGGAACGAAAUCCGAGGAGGCGAGGUCAGGCGAGGUCAGACAGGUCAGGGGUCAACCGCCUCCUUCUUCGAGACGGAGACUUCCAUUUCGUCCGUCCCUCUUGACCUCUCUUUGGCACGUCACCUCCAGUUCACCUUGGGCGGAGGGGCCUGUGAGGAACACGCCAAAAUACAGUUGGUCUUCGGUACAGCGCUGGCAGAGGCAGGGGAGUAUAUACCUGUUAAAGGAAUGCAGAAUAUACACUUUGUCGAUAUUGGCCCAGAAGUACCUGCGCCACGGGCCGUCGUCAGCGCCUACACCAGCAGCCAGGACGACCUCAGCUCCGGCAGCGGGGGAGGCUCUGGCGGAGGGAGCCCGGACGCCGUGACCUUUGACCCUCACGCAGACGACCCGCUGGCAGGGCUCGUGCUGGGGACCGAGUGCGCGUCGUGGGAGGAGGCCCACAGCUACAGCCCGAGCGGAUCCGGCGAAGUGCAUCUGCAGGUGAUUCCUCUCCGCUUCCGUCGCCCCGGUGUCUGCGUCGGCUGGCGGAGCGCUCCCAUUGGUGGAAACACCUCCGUCUGCUGGUCUCUGGACGACGUCGCAUUGGCUAACCACGAGUCCUCGUCUGAGCCAAUCAGCGACGACUUCGACCCCGUGGAUCCUUCCAAUUGGUUCUUCUUCCCGGGGGCGAGCGUGAAGGAAUCCUGCUCGUCGGAGGGCAACGGCCUGGUCUUCGAGGGCGCGGGCGAGGUCUCCUGGGCCAGCACCCGGCUCCUCGACCUCUCCUUCGCGCCGCUGGAGGAGGACGUCGUCUUGAGACAGGACUUCGCGGAUUUCGUUCCUCCAAGGAGACUCAUUUCUCCCCCCCCCUCACAGGUGGGAGGUGUCGGGCGGGCAGGUGGCCAAGUGCGGCAGUGA